AUGGACACUGGUACAAGCACGCUUUCUGACGCAGUUGACCUUGCCCAUCAUGUCAACACCAAGAGCAGAUCGCGACACCCUUCACCGCUGAAGGACAUUGUCAGUUACAUGGGGUACGAAGGAAUGAUAAGUCUCGCUGGAGGGCUUCCACAUCCUUCUUUGUUCCCGCUCAAUAAGACAACCUUUGAGUGCCUCGACCCCUCAGCGGAUAAGGCCGAUGGCGUGAUCCUGCGACUUGGACGGGGUUCUGAUCCUGCUGAUUUGGAUUUGACACAAUUCCUCCAAUACGGUUCUGGCGCUGGCAACAAGGGCCUCAUAGCCUUGUGCAGAGAACUAACAACGGUGGUGCACACGCCGCCCUACAACUUCGAAUGCCUUUUACACCCAGGUAACACUAAUGCAUGGGAUAAGGUGGUCGGAUUGCUAUGCGAAGAUGAUGACUAUGUCCUCGUGGAAGAGUACACAUACCCAUCGGCACAGGCACUAUGGAUUCCGCUGGGAAUUAAGGCAGCGCCGAUUGCUGCAGAUGGGGAGGGAAUCCAACCAUCUAGUCUCCGCGAGAUCUUACAGAAUUGGGAUGAAAAGAUUCGUGGGGCUAGGCGGCCGAGGACUCUCUAUAUUGUACCUGUAGGAUCAAACCCCACCGGUACAUCGAUUUCUUUCGAUCGUCGCAAAGAGAUUUACAGUAUCUGCGUUGAAUACGGUAAGACAAUUCUGUCUGAUCACUGGUCCCACACUCACAAUGAAGCGGUAGAUAUUAUCAUCGUUGAGGAUGACCCGUAUUACUUCCUCCAAUACCCCGGCUACAAGCAAACAGGGUCGAAAAGCAAGAUAUCAACAAAAGAUUUCCUCAGUGACCUCUCACCCUCGUUCUUAUCCAUGGAUACACAGGGUCGCGUUAUCCGUCUUGAGUCCUUCUCUAAGACGCUGUUCCCCGGGCUGCGUCUAGGGUAUUUCGUUGCCAACCCGAUAUUUACAGAGCGUCUCUUGCGCGCCACCGAGACGGAGACGCAAGAUCCCGCCGGCCUCAGCCAGGCGUUUGUGCUGAGUCUGCUUUCUAGUUGGGGAAUAGACGGAUACCUACUGUGGCUGCAGCAUCUUCAGGAGCAGUAUCGCCUGCGGAGGGACUGGUUGCUUGAUGCGUUUCACCAACAUUUCGUCGUCAAUCACACCGGACCGGAAGAGACUGCGUGUGUGAGCCACCCUGAGAUGAAUUCGCACAUCCCAGUUUUUAGCUACGUCGACCCAGGCGCGGGUAUGUUUGUCUGGGCAAAGUUUCAUUUUCGUGGCGUCAAGCGAUUUGCCGAGAUUGCCAGUGAUGGCAACGACCCCGACCCAGAACAGUCAUUCGCGGAUGAGAUGUGGAGGGCCAUGAUCGAUGAACUUGUCCUACUUACACCGGGAUCAUAUUAUCACCCAUGGCAGGGAGCAGAUAAUAAGACUACAAAGGCUCGCGGUGCUGAAGCGCAGACGGCGCAUUUCAGAUUCUCAUUUGCAACGCCCACAUCCACCAGUACUGAUCUCGGCUCCUAG